AUGCUGGGAGACAGCCUAGAGGGCGAUGCGUUCGACCCCAGGUAUGACCGUUCUCCUUCCCCUCAAAAACAAAAGAAAAUCACGUCCGGCGUUGGCACAAUCAUCAAGGGAGUGGUGAAGAACAUUCGACCGUUCGGAGCUUUCAUUCAGACUUCAGACUAUGCCAGAGAAUGCCUUCUGCACAUCUCCAAUAUCAACAAGCACCGCGUGGAGAAUGUGGAGGAUCACCUCAAGAUGGGACAGGAAGUCUGGGUAAAGGUGAUCAGGGAGGAACCCGAUGGUCGGGUCGCUGUCUCGAUGAAGGAAGUCAACCAGGACGACGGAUCAGAAAUCGCCAACGCGUUUUCUUCGUUCAAUCAGCACAGAGGGACAGGAGGCGGCGUUAGGAUCCCUGAACUUCAUUCGAUCCAUCAUGGGACGGUCAAGAAGAUACAGCCAUUUGGAGCAUUUGUGGCACUGGAUGGCUUUGACAGAGAUGGGCUGCUACAUAUUUCAGCCAUAUCCAAGAACAUGAUCGAUAAGGUGGAAGACGUACUCUCUGUGGGGGAUAAAGUCUGGGUCAAGGUACAUUGCACAUACUCUCUAGGGCGCGCUCUCACUGUUACCAAAGUAGAUGAAGGAGGCCGAUAUUCCUUGGAUAUGAGGGACAUUAGCCAAAGCGAUGGAACUGACAAGGAUCCGAACAAUCUGCAGAAAACGAAAACGCACAGGCCAACAUCGCUAAGGCAAGAAGCUAUCGUUCUACAGGCCGUCGUCAACGCAACGUGCGCCAGAUGUGGCGGGAAGGGCCACAUGACACAUGAAUGUUUCAACAAAGCGGGAAAGAAAUACGAAAUGAUCGAAGAGGAAGAGGGUAGCGCCAUGGCCGCUCUGUGUGCUUCCUCGUCCUCCUCCUCCACGUCUGCAUCCUCAUUUCCGUUCCCAUCAUUUUCUUCGUUUCCCUCAUCUCUCCCUGUAGCUGCUACUGGCGCUAAUAUGAUUCCUCUGAAGCAGCCAAUGCCGCCUCUAAACCCUCUGGACCCUUUGAAUCCCCGUCGACACCUUCACAAAGGGCGUGAGACGGAGAAGGUAAGAGAUAGUAAGAAGAAGAGGAAGAGGGACCAUUCAGACAGCAGCUCAGACGAAUCGAGGAAGAAGAAGAAGAGCAGUCACAAACACAAGAAGAAGCACAAAAAACACUCCAAGUCCUGA